UUUUGCCUCAAAACUAUGUAGUUUUGAGGUGUGGGUAGCGCCGGCUGCUCCUGCCAGGCAGCAGAGCCCCCGCCUCCGUCUUGUUUCAUAUCGUCAGCUCCUAACGUGUAAUAAAUUUCUUCGGGAGGGGGAAAAGCUGUAAGCAAAAUGGGGAAUCAGUUAUAGAAGGGGUUCGUGUCUGAUUGGCUAGUUGGCAAGGCAAUAGACCUUGUCAUGAUCAGACAUUGAUCCGAGAGGAUGAUCAAACCACACAAGGUCCACUAGACAGUGUCCUGAAUCUGAUGGGACUCUGUUCGUAACCAAAGCCUUGUUCUUUUUGUUCUCUUCAUCUUCGACUGGGUAGUUGAGCCGAUUCGAGUAGUACUAUGUUGUUCCCCUUUCGUCUCGCUCCAUCGCUCAAACUGACUAAAGCCCUCUACCAAACACUAUCAAAAAAACACUAUACAGUGAAGACCCCUGUAUAUCUGAAGCCUCUCAACUCCAAGAUCUCAGAUUACAUGAGGAAUGGCCUUGUUGAGGAAGCCCAGAACCUGUUUGACGCAACGCCGCAGAGAAACACUGUCACAUGGAAUGCUAUGAUACGCGGGUACUUCCAAAAUGGGCAGCUCAACCAAGCAAUGCUUUUGUAUAACCGAAUGACCGACCGGGAUAUUUACUCGUAUAACACGGUGAUAUCGGGGUUAAUGCAAUGCGGUGAAGUGAGUAAUGCUAUGGACGUUUUUUAUUGUAUGCCACUCAGAGAUGUUGUGACUUGGAAUUCUAUGAUUUCAGGGUUUGUUUGUAAUGGUUUGAUGGAUGAAGCCUUUUGGAUUUUUGAUAGGAUGCCUUUAAAAGAUGUGGUUUCUUGUAACUUGAUGAUAACAGGUUUGCUAAAGCGUGGAGACUUGGAUUUGGCUGAAGAGUUGUUUAAAGAAAUGGGUGCACGCAAUGUGGUGUCUUGGACUUUAAUGAUGUCUGGGUUACUGAGUGCUGGACGAAUUGGUGAUGCCCGUGAAAUUUUUGAAAGCAUGCCCGUAAAUGUAAGAGAUGUGCAAGCUUGGAAUACAAUGAUAACUGGCUAUAUUGAUAAUGGGUAUUUAGAAAUCGGGGAAGUUUUAUUUCACAAAAUGCCUGAGCGAGACUGGAAUUCCUGGAAUGGGAUUAUAACCGGGUUGGUGAAUGUUCAGCGUCUUAGUGAUGCUAUGAGGCUUUUCUGGGAGAUGCCACAAAAAUGCCCAAGAACAUGGAAUCUAAUCUUGAUGGAAUUAGUAAAGAAUGGGCUCGUGAAAGAAGCUCAUGCAGUUCUUGUCAAAAACCCAUUUGGUGAUGUUGUGUCCAUAACAAAUACAAUUAUCGGAUAUUUUCAUUUAGGAGAGGUUCAAACUGCAGUUGAACUUUUUGAAUCAGCACCUAUUCGAGACAUAACACUAUGGAAUGUCACAAUAUUUGGGUUAGGAGAAAAUGAUCUUGGAGAGGAUGGUUUGAAAUUAUUCAUGAGAAUGAGAGAGAUAAGUUUUCCAGUGGAUGAGUUUACGUUUACUAGCGUGCUCACAAUAGGUUCAAUCCUUCCAUCUUUAAAUCUUGGUGAGCAGACUCAUGCACAAAGUAUCAAGAUGGGUUUCGAUUUUUUCAACGCAGUUUGUAAUGCUAUGGUUACUAUGUAUGCUAGAUGUGGAAACAUGGAUUCAUCCUUGAUGGUAUUCUCUUCUAUGUCCAAUCAUGAUUUGAUUUCUUGGAAUUCUAUAAUAGGUGGAUUCGCUCACCAUGGAAACGGAGAAAAAGCCCUACACAUGUUCAACCAAAUGAGAUUGACCGCCAUUAAACCCAAUCAAAUAACCUUUAUUGGAGUUCUUUCUGCUUGUAGCCACACGGGACUAGUAGAAGAAGGUAAGUAUUACUUCUAUAUCAUGAAGUACAAGUAUUUUCUUCAGCCUAUGUCUGAGCACUACACUUGCAUUGUCGAUCUUCUCGGUAGAUUUGGACAUAUAGAUGAAGCAAUGAGAUUUUUGGAUCAAAUGAGAGAUGAUGGAAUCGAAGCUUCCACGAGUGUCUGGGGUGCCUUGUUGGGAGCGUGUAGAAUUCACAGUAAUGUUAAUGUGGGUGAGAUUGCAGGGGAGAAGGUUCUGGAGUUAGAGCCUUGGAAUUCUGGUGUGUACAUGAUUUUGGCUGAAAUGUUUACUGAAAGUGGGAGAAAAAAAGACGCUGAGAAGAUUUGGGUUCGAAUGAAAGAGAUUGGAGUGAAGAAGCAACCUGGGUGUAGUUGGAUUGAACUAAACAACAGUGGGCAUGUUUUUCUUUCAGGAGAUGGUUCCCACCCAGAGUUUUAUGACAUCUGUUCUAUUUUAGAGUUGCUGCUAAUUGAGAUGGAGAUUGAAAUGUUGAAACCAAAUGCUAGUUCAUGUCAAGAUAUACAUGCCAUAUGCGGAUGAAGCUGAAUUGGUCACUUUUUCUUAUCUUCAUUCACUUGGUUUGCUAAUCUCUCCUAAGGCUAGUGGGGAUUAUAGUUUAGUGGAGGGAUCUCUGCAGGGAAAAGAAAGUACAUACGCUAACAAAUCCAAUAUGUUGGCUCUCUUUUACCCCUCCUUUUGCUUUCCAUAUGAUACCCUCCACAAAACCAAGAUCCAAAGCGGGCCUUGCCUACUCAGAUCUGAUACUGCAAAAACACCCACAAACCACCUGAGCUUAGGCUGGGAAGAGAACCUGAGAAUUUCAGUUCUUGAUAUAUCACCAUGUCCAAUUCACCAACCUGUGCAACUUAGUACUUGGUAUUCACCGUAUGCCGAAUUUCUAUCCCAAAGAGAUGGCUGCAUCAAGUAGAAGAUGAAACUUAUUUAUAUACUUGGGAGGAGAUGAAUAAAGGUGUGGUUGCCAAUUGGGAAGUCCUACAAAAAGAUUAAAUGGCUCACUAGCAGCAACUUUGUUGAUUGUAUUGGCUAAGUGUAUAAUAAGAGGCUUGUCAAUACUCAAUACUGUGGGCUUGCAGAGAUUUUGGAUCAAUCUUUAUGUGUUGAAGAUAAGCUCUGCAUUUUGUUUGGUAAUGUGCACAAGAGAAGGGGAGAAGUUCAUUGGGAGAUGGGGGAAAAUGGAAAUGCUAAACAGAUUCAUUUCAGUACUAGAGAAACAGCAGGAUGAUGUAAAAUGUGCAGGUAUCUGUAAAUAGCUGCCAAGGCUUAGUUGGAAGAUGCUGGAACCUCAUACUGUGGACGCGAGCAUAAGCCCGUCAAGUUUGAUCUAAAUCUAAGCAAAUCCCACCAGAGUCCAGAAAUACUGUGACAGUGGCAUGUUCAAAAUUAUUAGCUAAUAUGUUUGGUUUUCAUAUUUAUUUGUAUAGAAAGGACAAGAAAACACAGCCAAGGGGUUUCCCCAAGCAUAUGGGAUAGACUACUUGGAAACCUUUGCUCUGGUAACAAAAAGAAACUCCAUAAUACGGAGUAGUGUUUUUUUUCUCUCUCAGUUGCUUUUAAAAAGGAUGGUCUCUACACCAAUUUGACAUUAAGAAUGCUUUCUUGCAUGGUGACCUCACAUUGGGUUAAUUGAAAAGACCCACAAAAGGCUAGUUCUUUGUAAGUGAGACUUGUGUAUAAAUAUUGUUAGUUCUUUUAUUCUCCAUGUUCUGGAUCCUGUUCUUGCAAUUUCUGGAACACCCAAGUAAAGAUGUGGCUUGCAUUGAUGUUA